CAUCUUCUUCUUCAGCUACUCUGGUAUGAAGCUGGAUCCCGCAAGAGAGAUCUUGUAAGAAUGCAGAGAGACCAGAAGUCUAUGUGAUUCGUUCGGACAUUCCGACAAGAAGCGAUGUCGAGGAGCUGUCGGCUUCUCCUCUCCCGCGCUUCACUCUGUUAUCGUCUUCGCUCUGAUUAUCACCAUCAUCGUCAUCAUCACAGCUUCCACAGUUUCAUCAAACGUAACUCAACUCGAACAUCAAUCAGAAUCAAUGCCUUCCUGUCCGAUCCAUCUCCAUCCACAUCACCGAUUAGUUCCAGAGUCAACGCGCGUGUUCUGUUCUUCUCAACUUCAACUCCAACUCCAAAUCAAGACCAACCCCUCUCUAAAUCCAACAGCCAAACCAACACGACGUCGUCCCAGAAGAUCCUCCGCACGAUCUUCAGCAACCUAUGGAUGAAAGACAACCCAGAGCUCCGUCUCAGAGUCCUCGCCGCGUUAGCCUGCCUCGUCGGAGCCAAGUUCUUAAACGUUCAAGUUCCUUUCCUCUUCAAACUAGCCAUCGACUCACUCUCCUCACCCUCUUCCUCAUCAUCAUCCAUCGCUACCACAAACCCUUACCUCCUCGCCGCUUUCGCCACUCCUUCCUCCGUCCUCAUCGGCUACGGCAUCGCCCGAUCUGGUUCAUCCGCCUUCAACGAGCUUCGCACUGCAAUCUUCUCCAAAGUAUCUCUCCGUACCAUACGCUCCCUCUCGAGAAAAGUCCUCUCUCAUCUCCACGAUCUCGACCUCCGCUACCAUCUGAACCGAGAAACAGGGGCCUUGAACAGAGUCAUCGACCGCGGUAGCCGCGCGAUUAACACGAUCCUCUCGGCGAUGGUUUUCAACGUCGUUCCGACAAUCUUGGAGAUAUCUAUGGUCUCAGGUAUAUUAGCUUACAACUACGGAGCUGUUUUUGGUUUGAUCACUUGUCUCUCUGUCGGAUCGUACAUAGCUUUCACAUUGGUUGUGACGCAGUAUAGAACCAAGUUUAGAAAAGCUAUGAAUAAAGCUGAUAAUGACGCUGGCACGAGAGCCGUUGAUUCGCUCAUAAACUACGAGACUGUUAAGUACUUCAACAACGAAAGCUACGAAGCUCGAAAGUACGAUGAGCUGCUCGGGAGAUACGAGGAUGCUGCCUCCACGACUCAGAAAAGUCUCGCAUUUUUGGAUUUCGGACAGAGUUUGAUAUUUAGUACGGCUUUGUCUACGGCGAUGGUGUUGUGUUCUCAAGGGAUUAUGAACGGUCAGAUGACGGUUGGGGAUUUGGUGAUGGUGAAUGGUCUUCUCUUUCAGCUGUCUCUUCCUCUUUACUUUCUCGGUGGUGUUUACCGCGAAACGGUUCAGGGUCUUGUGGAUAUGAAGUCUUUGUUUCAGUUGCUUGAGGAAAGAUCUGAUAUUGGAGAUAGAGAUGCAGACGCAAAGCUUCCUUGUCUUGCUCUGAAAGGUGGGAGCAUUCGGUUUGAGGAUGUUCAUUUUAGCUACCUGCCGGAGAGGAAGAUCUUAGAUGGGAUCUCGUUUGAGGUACCGGCAGGGAAGAGUGUGGCUGUUGUAGGUAGUAGCGGAAGCGGCAAGUCGACGAUUCUUAGAAUGAUUUUCAGAUUCUUUGAUACUGAUUCUGGAAAUGUAAAGAUUGAUGGUCAGGAUAUAAAGGGUGUUAGACUAGAUAGUCUUCGAAGCUCCAUUGGAGUUGUCCCUCAAGAUACUGUACUAUUCAAUGACACAAUAUAUCACAACAUUCACUAUGGAAACCUCUCAGCAACAGAGGAAGAGGUCUACGACGCAGCUAGGCGUGCGUCGAUUCACGACACGAUCAUGAACUUCCCGGAGAAAUAUAAAACAGCGGUUGGAGAAAGGGGGUUGAUGCUGAGUGGUGGAGAGAAACAAAGAGUGGCACUCGCUCGCGCGUUUCUGAAAUCGCCUGCCAUUUUAUUGUGCGAUGAAGCGACGAGUGCCUUGGACAACAAAACAGAGGCAGAGAUAAUGAAGACGCUGAGGUCGUUGGCGAGUAACAGGACUUGCGUUUUCAUUGCACACAGGCUGACCACUGCGAUGCAGUGCGAUGAGAUCAUUGUAAUGGAGAAAGGUAAAGUUGUUGAGAAGGGGACGCACGAAGAGUUGUUGAAGAAAUCAGGAAGAUACGCCGAUUUGUGGAUACAACAAAACAGUACAGUGGAGGGUUGAAUCUUAAAGCAAGAGCCCGGGUGUUGACUUGACAUAUUUGUGAUUCUUGUCUUCUUAUCUUUUACGCAAAAUUUUGAAUAAUUAUUUGCAGAUAUAAUUGUUUGUAAUCAUGUACAACAGAAAAUAAAACUGUUUGUAACCUUGUAACAAGGAAAAUAUUUUGUAGUAGUAGAGGCACCGAACCUAUUUGUUUGGUUUGUAA